UGUCAACAUACUAUGGACAUAGUUGAUAUCAAACAAGUAGAAAGCGCUAAAACCGAAGUUCAUAUUUCGAUAACAGGAAAUCAGAUGUGCCCCGCCCCCGGACCUGAGGUGGGCCAGAGAGGCAUGACGUUCACCCAGGGUGGACUUAACUAGCCGCGUCACGGCUGAAGGACUCCAUACAUUCCAUAGGCUUGAACCAGCCGGCGACACAAGAGAUGGAGGGCAAACAUAAAGCAGACAAACAGCCGGACCGAGCGGUGAAGCGUGCUCGUCUUACUGCUAGCAGCAAGCGCAGCGGUUCAAGUAGCUCGGACUCGGACAGCGACAGUGCUGCAUGUGAACGUUCGUCUUGUAGGCUGGAACCAUCCGACCAUCAUGUCAAUGGAGUGGGACAAGACUUACCUCCAGAUGCAGCCCAGUCUACCACUGCAAGCUAUGCCAUCAACCAUACUUGGUUGACAAAUGAUUACAAGACGUCCGCUCCAAAUUUUCCUUAUAUUACAAAUAACUCAUAUAAAAAUCCAGGCAGCACACUCCCGUCAUCCACCCCAUUCCCCCAGUCAUCCAGCGUCCACUCCCUCACCCAGUCAUCCAGCCAGCACUCCCUAAACUCCGGCCGGCUCUCAGAAAGCUCCAGCUCCGGCGGCUCCGAAGACUCAGGUCCCAGUAGCCAAGCAGCAUCAGACAGCAUGAGUGUCUACAUGGGCAGCACCCAGAAUGCUGGUACCUUCAUGCAGGCUACUGGAUACCCCGGCUACCACCAGGGGAGCCCGAGCCCGUACCACAUGCUACACUCGGCUUCGUACAACCCUGAUGCCUUUCCUGCUAAAAUAAAACCAACCAAUCAGAUGGUGCCACCUACUUACAUGCCAGGCUACCCACAGAUCACACCCACAGGUCAAGGUUAUUAUGCAGGUGCAGCUACUGCAUUGGCCUAUGGUACAACCAACCCAGUACCUGCCUAUGACCAAAGUUUCUAUGGUUACAAUGCAGAUUACUACAACACCAAUUACCCUUUCAUGACCACUACUGGACCAGCCACGCCCACUACCACAGUGCCUUCCACCCAGACCUACCAGCUGAAUGACCCACCAACACCCACCCCUGCCAGUAAUGUCACAGCGCCUGAUGUCGCCUACAACCAGCUGGCCAGCCCGUCGCCGCCCCUGAAAGAAAAUGGGCAGAGAGGUUCAAGGUCAAGGGGGAGGAGCAGAACCCAACCGUCACCUGGCCCCGAAUCUGAUUUGGAGCGUGUCUUUGUCUGGGAUCUUGAUGAGACCAUUAUCAUUUUCCAUUCACUCUUGACUGGCUCCUACGCCACCAGGUACACCAAGGAUCACCAAAGUUCGAUGUCCAUGGGAUUACGCAUGGAGGAAAUCAUCUUUAAUCUGGCGGACACGCACUUGUUUUUCAAUGAUCUUGAGGAGUGUGAUCAAGUACACAUAGACGACGUCUCCUCGGAUGACAAUGGUCAAGAUCUCAGUAAUUACAACUUUGUUACUGAUGGGUUCCAUGCCGCUGCCAGUAAUGCCAACCUGUGCCUUGCCACUGGGGUCAGGGGCGGAGUAGAUUGGAUGCGGAAACUUGCCUUUAGAUACAGAAGGAUGAAAGAGAUUUACAAUACCUAUAAAAACAAUGUAGGAGAACUGUUAGGGCCCCAGAAGAGAGACCAGUGGAUCCAGUUACGGAGAGAGAUAGAGACUUUAACAGAUUCCUGGCUCACCCUAGCUCUCAAAUCUUUACAGAUUAUACAUAGCAGGCCGAACUGUGUCAAUGUGUUAGUUACAACCACACAGCUGGUCCCUGCACUGGCUAAAGUUCUACUCUACGGGCUAGGGGGAGUCUUCAACAUUGAGAAUGUUUAUAGUGCUACCAAAAUUGGUAAAGAAAGUUGUUUUGAGAGGAUAGUGUCCAGGUUUGGUAGGAAGUGUACAUAUGUGGUUGUAGGAGAUGGACGAGAUGAAGAAUCUGCAUCCAAACAGAUGAACUGGCCAUUCUGGCGUAUCUCAAAUCAUUCCGACCUAGCUGCUCUACAUCAUGCUUUAGACUUGAACUACCUCUAGACGCUGCACCUACCUUCAUUUUUCUAUGUACCCCCUGCCAGCCUCCCCUGGCUGGUGGGGUCUCCUGAUGGAUGUACACAUUUACUGAUCACUCUAGGAGGGCAGGCGUGUUGUGGGGGGGGGGGAGCUGCUGGGACACGAGCCCUGGAUUGUGGAUAUUAUAGUGUGGGGAGAAGCUAUGUGCCAUAUUGUUUUCAAUGGCUCGUCAAUUCCUUCAAGUUGUUUCAUUCUUUUUUCAUCUACCUUGGUGAUGCGUUGGUGACGCAUUGGUGACACGCUGGUGAUGCAUUGGUGACAUGCUGGUGAUGCAUUGGUGACACGCUGGCGACACUAAAAACUAGCUGGAUCUAUUCCAUUAGACUGAAUGAAGUGUUUCCAAUAUAUUGGACUGUGGCUGCACUAUUUUUUAUUUGUUUGGGGGAAAUUUGAACCUUUGUAGUACCAGCCACAGACUUUGUACAGUUUGCUGUAUGUAAGCUGUUAAGCCAACAGUUGCUGUAUGUAAGCUGUCCAGCCAACAACUGCUGUAUGUAAGCUGUCGCAGCUGCUGUAUGUAAGUUGUCUAGCCAACAACUGCUGCGUGUAAGCUGUCACAGUUGCUGUAUGUAAGCUGUCACAGUUGCUGUAUGUAAGUUGUCCAGCCAACAGCUGCUGUAUGCAAGCUGUCCACCCUACAGCCAUGUGACACAAGACAACACCUGGUCCUGUAACAAUUGUUCACCUAUUCGUGUACCAGGAACCUGGACAUUUGGCUAAUUGGGAUGUCGUAGGAGAAGUAAAAAAAAAAAAGAACAAAAUAUUUAUCAAAUUUAAUUUAUCUCUGGCACUAUGCUACCUUGUAACCUUAUUCUGAAGAUGCUCAAUGGUCUAGAGAUAUGUGUAUAGGUGGGAGGUACCAAACAGUUCUACAUAUGUUAUAUUACCUGUUCUGUUGGCCAUUGGUUUUAGAUAAAUCAUACUUCAUGUAAUGAGCAUUGUAUUUUUUUUUAACAUUACUGUUUAAAUAUAUUGAGUUUUUUUGUGACUGACUAGACAGAAUUAUUGAGUUUUAUAUGACAUGGACUUGACAAAGUUGUUGUGUUAUGUGACCUAGACUUGAUGCUUGACGUUUCACUACCAUUUGAGUCAUUUUAGCAACUGGCUAUUUUGAAAUAACUGAAAAUAUCCUUAAAGUUUGUAGUAAAAUUAUUUUAAGAUUUUGUUAAUUUGUUUUUAAUGAACUUAUGUACACUUUUGCGGUGGAAUGUGUUGUUUUUUUUGCCAAUAAUAAGUUGUUUAUCAUGUUUUUCAAAAGUAUAACAGUUUAAGUUUAGACAUAAUUUUUUAUGUAAGUCGACAGCUUGCCAGAAUGAUAUUUCAGACAGUUUCUAGUAAAACAGUUAUAGCUUAGAAACUUAAAUAUUUUUUAACAGAAUGAAAUAUACAAAUGGUCCAGUUUAAGUCUGGCUACAUACUCAAAAUGAUCCAUGUUCGCUAUAAGAUUAAAACUGAUUGAGGCAUCACAUGAAAUUUACCAAAGAAGAAAUAAAAGCAUUAAAUCAAUUCUCUAUGCACCCUAAAUAUUUGGUCUUAUUUUUGCUUCAGUAUAUUUCAAACUUCUAUAUUCUAUUUCCACAUGAUUACACUUCCUAAUGCCCCUACCAACCCUUACAUAAAUAAAUGCCUCAUAAGUUAACUCAACCAAUAACUUUUUUACUACAUCUACAUCUAGAGAAGUUUAAGUGGCCCACACAAAAAAAUGUUUGUGUGUGAUUCUACCCACCACCCUACACAUUAUAUGUGGUGCUCCCUUUACAUAGAACACAGUACAAAGUAAAUGAGAAAAUUUGUUUGAAUAUAUCACUACCCCCCCUGCUAGUGUCUGAUGAGACUGGGGUGGUAAUGACUGCCAGUUUUCACCCCCCCCCCCUGCUAGUGUCUGAUGAGACUGGUGUGGUAAUGACUGCCAGUUUCCAAAUUAUGUUUGUUAUCUCUGGCUAGGUUCAACCCUGGCUAGUUGCUGUCUGAUAUUUUUUCCAUUGUCCCAUCACUAUUGUACUUUAAUUCUCUGGCUCAGUCUGCUUGUGCUCUUGAAUGUAUUGGACUGAUAUACAUAACUGUUGUGUUUGUAUGACUGACAUACAUAACAGUUGUUGUAUGACUGGCAUAUGUAACUUGUGUUUGUAUGACUGACAUACGUAGCUUGUGUUUGUAUGACUGACAUACGUAACUUGUGUUUGUAUGACUGACAUACAUAACUGUUUAUUGCUCCUGUGAUUAAUUCUUAUUUUACAUUGAUUAGUUAACUAAGGGCUUUAGACAGUUUUCUUCAUGUUUUCUUCUGUAGGGAGAUGUUCACUAAGAGGGUUUUAUCAGACAUAUGAAAUCAAAUGUUUCCCAAACAUGGCUUAUUUUACAAUAAAUUGUCACUCUAUUUUGAACACUGAGAAGUAAAGAUCACGCUUUUGUACAGUCUUUUUAAAAAAUGUAUUUAUUUUUUUUAAAAAUAUGGAUGAGGUUUACUAGACCCAUAAUGUGACUUGUACCCCUUUAUCUAUGUAUCUGUACAGCUAGCUAGAGUGAGGUACUGGGUAUCUGGCCAGCUAGCUAGAGUGAGGUACUGGGUAUCUGGCCAGCUAGCUAGAGUGAGGUACUGGGUAUCUGGCCAGCUAGCUAGAGUGAGGUACUGGGUAUCUGGACAGCUAGCUAGAGUGAGGUACUGGGUAUCUGGACAGCUAGCUAGAGUGAGGUACUGGGUAUCUGGACAGCUAGCUAGAGUGAGGUACUGGGUAUCUGGACAGCUAGCUAGAGUGAGGUACUGGGUAUCUGGCCAGCUAGCUAGAGUGAGGUACUGGGUAUCUGGCCAGCUAGCUAGAGUGAGGUACUGGGUAUCUGGACAGCUAGCUAGAGUGAAGUACUGGGUAUCUGUCCAGCUAGCUAGAGUGAAGUACUGGGUAUCUGGCCAGCUAGCUAGAGUGAGGUACUGGGUAUCUGGACAGCUAGCUAGAGUGAAGUACUGGGUAUCUGUCCAGCUAGCUAGAGUGAAGUACUGGGUAUCUGGACAGCUAGCUAGAGUGAGGUACUGGGUAUCUGGACAGCUAGCUAGAGUGAAGUACUGGGUAUCUGUCCAGCUAGCUAGAGUGAAGUACUGGGUAUCUGGACAGCUAGCUAGAGUGAGGUACUGGGUAUCUGGACAGCUAGCUAGAGUGAAGUACUGGGUAUCUGGACAGCUAGCUAGAGUGAAGUACUGGGUAUCUGGACAGCUAGCUAGAGUGAGGUACUGGGUAUCUGCCUUGCUAGCUGGAGUGAGGUACUGGGUAUCUGGCCAGCUAGCUAGAGUGAGGUACUGGGUAUCUGGCCAGCUAGCUAGAGUGAGGUACUGGGUAUCUGGCCAGCUAGCUAGAGUGAGGUACUGGGUAUCUGGCCAGCUAGCUAGAGUGAGGUAUCUGCCCUGCUAGCUAGAGUGAGGUCUACUGCUAGCUACAUACUGUGGUUCUAAUUUUGGUAGGAGUCUGCCCUAUCACAGUAGUUUAAAUCUGUUUACAGACCUUGCAAACCUCAAUGGUAAACUUGUACAUUCUAAAUUUUUGUGUAUCGGUCUCUCUAGUAGUUUGAGCAGUGAAAUAUAAACUUCAUUAUUUGAGCCCCUUUGGUUUAGGAUAUGGGGAUUCCCAUGGUACAACAGAAUUAAAUUAGAAGUAUAUGGGAUGUACAUUACAUGUAUGUCAGGUGAGCGUAUAGCAAGCCUAGAUAUAAACUUUGUAAACAAACAAAAAAAUGUUGUUUUUUGACUAGUGAACAUCAACAUAUAGUUAAAAUUUCAUAAUUGGAAGAAAUUGAUGAUGGUAAAUUGGCCUGUAUUUGGUAAACGGGCCAUCUGUUUUUGUUGAUAAUUAUUAUAUAAGUAGCCCCCACCCCCUUAAAUAAACUAAUGUAACUUACUGUUAAGGAGAGCUCUCGGUCCGGUCUAGACUCACCAGGCCUGACUGUAACCUGUAACUUAAUUAAGUUAAUGUGGUAGUUUCAUUGAGACCCAUUCUGCCAUGUUUUUUUUAAAUCUGUUUUUAUGAAUAUUAUAAUUGUCCUUGCCCUUGUUGGGUGAAACUAGGUCAUCUCCCGUCUGACCUAGUUUCACCCAACAAGGCCACGGGGUGCCAUUUUUAAGAAUUUGAUGUCUUAUAAUCAUUGUAUAAAGAAUUGAAUGAUAAAGAAAAUUAAAAGAUAUUUUCAUUCUUUUGUUCA